AUGCCGCGUGGCAAGCUCACGUGGGACGAGGACGCGACAUUCCCAAUUCACAGCUUUUUGCGCCAGUAUUGGAACAAUCAGGAUGUUCACAUGGUCGAGGUUCUGUGGGAGGGCAUUUGGGACCCAUCCGUCAUUCGAACUUGGGAGCCGGCAUCGCAGGUCCUGCCUGGGAAUUCAUCGCUCUUGAAGGAUUUGAACCGGAGAUGUGCGGCCUCGGCCUCAGAUGGUAGUCGACCGUCAUCGCCUCAGCCUGCCGAGAUCGGUCUGGUGGACGCGAUGCAACUCUUGCGGUCGCACCGCCAGACUGUCGUCUUCUCGGGUGCCGGCAUCUCCGUCUCCGCAGGAAUUCCAACCUUUGCCGACUCACAACUCAAACGGUCUGAUUUUCAGGCGUCAACAGUCGACGACGACGCCUUUCAACUAGACAUGACGGACCUCUGGCAUCUCACGCAGCAGGCCAAACCUACCCCGUUCCACGCCUUACUGGAACAGCAACCCAGUCUCGUUCUCCACAUCACGCAGAACAUAGACUGUCUCGAACGGUCUCUCCCUGCCGCCGAGAGGAAAACCGUCCGACUGCACGGGUGCCUCGACACGGUUAGAUGCACCAUCUGCCCCAGCGAUCACAGGUGGCUGCGGACCGACGACGAUGCACCCGAGCCCGGCGCCCCGUGUACCAAAUGCGAGGCGGACGCCAGCCGUCGCAGGGCCAACGGCCAGCGCGUGCGCAACGUCAAGUCUCGCGUCGAGGCCGACGUGCGCCGGUACGACGAGACGGCCAAGGAGGUGCCCGACAUCAGCAACAUUGCCGGCGGCAGAGGGCUGAAGAACUUUGACAGCAUUCUGGUCGUCGGCACGGCCGCUACCAUCCCCAACGUGCAGGCGAUGAUUGCGAAGCUGUCGCAUGCCGUGCACGAGAGGGGAGACGGAGGAGUGGUGAUCUGGGUCGGGCCCAAGGCCCCAUCGCCUAGCCGCGCGGCGCGUCUUGGGUUGGAUUACUGGCUCUGUGUCGAGGCGGAUAGGUUUGCGGAAGAGUACAGUCGUAUAGGUCGUCGGCAGAGAACGACGAGGAGCAAGUGA